CGUCCUGAUAGCCCCGGAGCCGCUCCCUUUUGGCUUGAGCGGCGAGGUUUUUCUCAGCCCUUAUUUUGAGACCCGCAGCCGCCCCCGAAGCGCUAUGGCUCCGGCGAGGAAGGGCAGCAGUCGGGUGACCAAGACCAACUCGUUACGGAGCCGGAAGCUCUCCUCCUUUCUUAAGGACUUCGACCGUGAAGUGCAAAUACGAUGCCGGCAGAUUCAGUCAGACAGGCAGAACCUGCUCAAGGAGCUGGAUAACGUGUACAACAUCGAGAUCCUGCGGCUCCCCAAGGCGCUGCGCGAGAUGAACUGGCUCGACUACUUCGCCCUUGGAGGAAACAAGCAGGCCCUGGAAGAGGCAGCAUCGGCUGACCUGGAUAUCACAGAAAUAAACAAACUAACAGCAGAAGCUAUUCAGACACCCCUGAAAUCUGCCAGAACACGAAAGGUAAUACAAGUGGAUGAAAUGAUAGCAGAAGAAGAAGAAGAAAAUAAAAAUAAGAAACUUCAAACUGCCAAAGUCAAAAGGUGCCCUCCAUCCAGGAAGAGAACCCAGUCCAUACAAGGAAAAGGCAAAAGCAAAAGGUCAAGCAGUUAUAUUACCCCAGCUAUGGGCCGAAUGGAGAUGUCUAUAGUGAAACCCACUCCAGGCCUGACACCCAGAUUUGACUCAAGGGUCUUCAAGACCCCAGGCCUGCGAACUCCAGCUGCCAGAGAGCGGAUUUACAAUGUCUCAGUGAACGGCAGCCCUCUGGCCGACAGCAAAGAGGUUUUCCUCACUGUGCCAGUGGGAGGCGGAGAGAGCAUGCGAUUAUUGGCCAGUGACUUGAAGAGGGUUGACAUCGCACAGCUGGAUCCAGAGGCCUUGGGGAACAUCAAGCAGCUGUCCAGCCGUCUUGCCCAGAUCUGCAGCAGCAUACGGACUCACCGAUGAAGCUGCUGUUCCAAGAAGCAGACUUGGCAGGGUGACAAAGACACUGCCCACUGUGUCCACGCAGUCAAACCUCCCUGCUGUUCUCCCUGCCGACUUCCUGCUCGCAGAGCUGCCCUGCUGCCUCCUGUGACUCAGCAACCUCUUUGCCCUGCCUGACUCCAGUGGAGGUGACACGGAAGCACCUCAUGUUCUUGGGAAGACUGCCUACUCGCCCUCAUCAGAGAACCCUCUGCAUCUGGUGUUUCUGCUUCGUGCAUGCUUGAGGCUGGGAGGUUUGGGCUCAGAGAAGUGAGAGUUCUGGGCCAUGAGAGGGCAGAUCCAGAAAGCUGGGAGGAACCGUACCAAUGGGGCCAGGACAGCCGAACAGGACCUGUCACAGCACAACACACCUCCCUUCCCAUACCCAUCGCCUCCUCCUGUGGCAUCUCACACCUGCCAUGCUCAGUUUUUUCAGGCUGACUGUGGAACAGGGUUUUGUGUUUAUCUCUUUACCGAAGACCAAAAAUUACAGUGGCACAGUGUCCAUGUCUUGCUCCUCUACCUCUCCAGUUAGUGGGAUUUGGGACACGGGGGUCGUAGGGCUUAGACUAGUCUGGGAUUGUACGUGACUGGUGCAGAGGAGCUCUCUAAGCUCUCCGUGGCUCGGUGGUCCCUAACAGGUCCGCAGGCUAAAGAGGGCACUUCUCUUACUGGCUUCGCUGUAACUGGUCUGGUGGCCUCAUUCCACGUGCUGGCCAAUGCCCGCCUAUGCCCUGGGCAUGGACUGGUUCCUGGGAGUCAGCACCGAGAUCCUGUGCACCAGCCAGUGCCUCUGCCCCAAAGAAUCAUGGGAUGUGGUCCAAGAACACGGGAACAGAGAGUUCCCACCCCAGGCUAGAGGGCCCACAGUUUCCCACGUGUGGCUCUUUGCUGUGCUUUGUAUUAUCUUGCUAUGUGACCAUUCUAGUAACCCAGUCCUGUUUAAGUUGUAUCCUUUUCAAGUUGAAUUCUCCCUUUCUUGAGACUUUCUGUACAUAGUGUUUUCCUGAGGAAUGGCAUUUCUAA